UAAUAUAUGUUAGGUGUAUGAAGUAAAUAAAGUGCUCUAAAAUUUAAAAUUGAUAUUUUUACGUUAAAAAAAGAAAUGAAAUUCAUAUACACUAACUAAAGUGAUUAAAGAUUUUUAAAAAAUAACUUUCUUGUGAUCAUGGACCUUAAGAAGAAUGAUGGCAAAACAUCUUUGAAUGAUAAUGGCAGAGAUCAAACUUUGAAUUCAAUAGGUAUUCCAAAAUAUAAAAAACCUAAUGCAUUGCGUAAUAAAUAUGGUAAUACAAAUAAAUCAAUUGAUUUAAUAGAAAAAUUGCCAAAUAAAAUUAUUGAAACAAAAUUGAAUGAUGUCGUCCAAGAAGUAAAGAUUAUUGAUUCUACAUGUGAUUUUAAUAAAUGUAAAACAAAAACAAAUUUGAUGGGACAAGAUUGUUUAUUAUGCAAACAAAGAUAUUGUUUUAAACAUAACUUGCCAGAAGUACAUGGAUGUGGAUCAGCUGUAAAACGUGAUGAAAGGGAGAAAUUUUUACAUCCAAAACCAUUAAAAACUAUAAGACAAGAACAGGAAUUAAAAGAUGCUAAAAAACGAUUAAAUUCUAAAUUAAAAGAUAUGAGUAUAACAAGAUUACCAAAAAAAUAAAAUUAAAAGUAAAAAUAAAGAAUUGUUUUUUUUAUUAACUCAUAACUUAUUGAAAAACUUCAGUAAAGCCAGAAGUAAAGGUGAUUUACCCAAACCGAUACAUGAUAUGUACGGAGCAUACUAAAUUUGUCAUGAAGUAAUGAAGAAGGAAACAUUUGCGACCCCAUAAGAUAUAACAGUAUAUUCUUAUUCAGAACGAGUCAUUUGCAAAUGUAUAGAGCUAGAGACUUGAAUUUUAUAACAAAUGUUGCAUUUUUAGUGCAUACAGAUUGGUAUUAAUAGUACUUCACGCAAAAGAUUCCGUAGGAGAGGAAAUAAAACAGUUUUUUUUUAAUACACAAAUAUAACAAAUAUCUCUUUUUUUAUUUCGUAAUAUUAUGUAAUUAUUAACAAAUUUGUUUGAUCUUUUUAUUUACUUUUUCCAUUUUAUGUACAUAUAUAUAAAUACAGCUACAUUAAUGUGAAAGAAAAAUGAAUAUAUUAUAUACAUAAUAUACUUAUAAAUUAUAUAUGUAUGUAUGCAUAUAAGUAAAACAAUUUAUUCGUACAUUAUAACAAAAAUUUUCAUAAAAAAUGUUACAUGCAUUUAUAAUAUUUUUUAUUUAAAUUUUAUUUGCAAAUAAAUAAACAUGUAUAGUUUGAAACCCUAUUUCAAAAAAAAAAAAACAAGGAAAAUAUUGUUACAAGAUGCAAACAUGAUAUAUACAUAUAUACCCAUACUGUUGGUUGCAUUAGUUGAGGCUUCAGUACAGUAUUUUAUUCCGAAAAUUACAAAAUUUUUUUAAGAGCAACCCAUAACAUAUCAUGUGAUGCGACUAACAGAUUAUAGGCGAUGUAUUGGUACAUGUAUUAAAUAUGUAAUACUAAGAAAUUAUAGAUAAGAUUUAUGAUAAUUCAUUUUCAAUUAAUUAAAUUUUGCGAAUACCAUUUGUUUACAAAAAUAAUACAAAAAUGUUUUAAAUAUAAAAACGAAAAUUUUAUGCUACCUUAUUCCCGAAAUAUAAUAUGUACAAUUUUAUUAAAAAAUUUUUUGAAGUUGCACAAUAAACUAAAGAACAAGACUUGAAAAAGUUUUAAUCAUUUAAUCUUGAAAUAAAGUUAUACUCAUACAUAUCUAAUGUUUUAAAAUAAAUAUUUUUUUACAGUUUGGCAUAAUGUACCCUAAUAUUUUAAAUAGUUUUUGCGAGAUAAAUAUCAGCUUACAAGAUCUUUUGCUUUCUCAUUUUUUUCUUCGAUUAAGAAUACCAUAUGAAAAAGGUUUAUGAAUACCUCUGUAUGUGGUAGAGACAUCUGAAACAUUGAAAAUGGAAAAAGUUUCAGAUGAAUUUAAGAAGAAAAAUAUCUUGACUUGCUCAAAACACGUCAACAUCUACAAGGACCCUCUAUUCUCCAAACUCCGUCAUCUACAGACUGGACUGAUCAAACCUUUUUGAUCUUCUUUCUAAGACAACUGUUUAUUCUGCUGAUGAAACUCAGACUAUCAUAGCUGCUCGACUUUUUAUUAAGAUCUAUUGUGGAGAUUCCACUGAUAUAAACCAUUUUUUUUAUGAUCAUCAUGUCAAUACUCGUCAAUAGUCAAACAGGCCGGGUUGAUUUAAUGAAACAAAAAGAUGCUAAACCACCUGCUGAACCUGUUUUUAUCUAUAAAUGAUUCCUCUGCUGAUUUCACCCCAAUCUUUACUCUAGUUGCCUCUAAAGUGAUUCUAAAAUAGAAUAUGCAGAUUUAAAAUAUAAUCUAAUCGUCCAAACUGCUUGGACUCAAGCAGAAUAUUCUUGCAGGAAAAAACAAAACUUUCCAGAAGGACCUAAUAGGACUCUUAGGCUUCCUGAUUUUCAAUCUAGUUCGCUUAGUCUCAAAACCUUCCUUGAAUGUUUAGUAAGAUAUUCGGUCUUUUUUCAACGCAACGUUUUGGAAGCCUAAAAACAUCUCUGCAAUUCCAUCUGGACGAUAUAUCUACAACUUAAUGGGAAACCUAUUAGCAGAUUGAAGUGAAUAUAAGCAAGCCACAUUGGUCCCAUUCAUCAAUAAUAUAAUUGAUCCAUGAAGGAAAGAUGUAAUUUUAAAAUGCGGGAGCUUUUGUUUCCCUAGGAUAUACUGGGUUGGGUCUUUUCUUGGUCUGCUAAAGAAUGCCUCUAUUUGGGAAUUAAAUAGAUGACAUUGAUGGAAUACUGCUCAUAGAACAAAUGGUUUACUUUUUGAACGACCAUGAAAAUGAAAAAACCCGGAAGUAUUCCAGAAUACUAGAAGCAACAGCUCUAAGCUUCUUAAGCAAUAGUAGUGUUGAUGACUCAGACCUCGGUCCUCUAUUUCUGGCAGAAUCUUUAAGCAAACCUCCAAUAACUGAUCGAACUUAUGCCAAGUCUUUUGCAGAUUAUAUAAAGAUCCAUAUAAAACCAGAAAAGGGAGGUAGACGAUUGAGCGCGAAAGCAAAAGAAAUUGUGGCGUUGAGGGCAAAGGAAUUAGAAAAUCAACAGUCGGAGCGUCGGAGUCAGGAAGAGGAAAUCAUGACAUUAGUACAGGAGAAAGUGAGUAGAUUACUCAAUUUAUAGAUCUGGAGAUCUCUGCGGAAUUUUUCUAAAUAUCGAUUUAGAUUUAGAAAAAAAAACCGGCAAAUACGUUUGCAGUGGAUAUUGUUACACGUAUUAAGAUUAAUCAUAUUAAUGGUUCGUUCAAAUACGCAAUUUUAUUUAAAAAAGAAAGUCGGAAAACUCGUUCCGUGCGUUAGUUAUCGUUACACAACUGAAAUUUAUAUUUAUAGUAUAUAUAUAAAAUAAAUAAAGUAUAUAUAAAUAAUAAAGUUUUGUAUAUAUAUAUUCAGAAAACAGUGCUUUAACAUAUAUAUACCAUUGUUCAAGGGUGGCAAAAGUGGGUUAAACAUUGAUAUAUUUAACCACCUAGUUCCACAACAAAAAUUUUGACUAUUUUAGAUCUCCUAAACGAUGGUGUAUAUGUAACUGGACUGUUUACUGAGCCCAUCUCCAUAUGUAUAUAAGUAUAAUUUUGAUAGGAAAGUAUAUACAGUAAUUUUAUCUAAAGAUACAUACAUAUAGCUUAAAAAUAAAUUAUUCAACACUUAAAAUCUAAUUUUCUUAUAGUUUAUACUUUUUUUGACAAUAUUUAAUUUCAAAUUUUUUAGUUCAUUUUUAUUCAAAUUUGUUUUUUUUUUGUCUUUUAUUAAAAUUUUCUAUAUUUUUUUAUUUAUUUAAAACAUUUUAAAAAUAUUUCGUAUUUUUUAUUCGAUUUAGAAAUAAAAUUGUAUACAUUAAUAAUUUGUGACUUAGAUAUUAAAAAAUUUAAUUUAAUCCAAAAAUUAAAAAUCGGUUUAGUGAUAUGCCAGCCAAGGUUAUCACAAAACCAAUAAGUAAUUUGAUUACAAACAUCCAGCCCGAUAAAUUAGAAUUUUGAUCAUAAUUUUACGUUCUUCUUUUCUUAAUUUUUCUACCAUAUUUUGUAUGUUUCAAUUCUUGCAAAAUUAAAAUGAAUGUUAAAAAUAAAAGGAGGGGAUUCCAUCACAUCAAGUCUAAAAAGAAACAUACGUCUUUCGAAAAAUGCUACAAAAUCAGCCAAUUUAAUUAGAAUUUGUUUCUUAUCUUUGAAAAUUGUACAAUAGGAUCAAUUGAAGUGUAAAACUAAAUGCGACAUAUUUUACUUAAGAAACUUAAAAGCAAUACUUGCUAUAAUACUUGUUUGAAUAUCCCGAAAAUCCCUUGGCAAGCUCGAAAUUUCAUCUUCCAUUAAUUUUAUAAGAAGAUUAAAUUGCUUCAUAUUAUAUUAUGAAUUUACUUAUACAACAUCAUAGUUGUGAAAUUAAUAAGUAAUGUGCUUAUUACACUAAUAAUUUAACUUAAUGGAAAUUUCUUCAUGCAACUGCAGAACAGAUGGAUGACGUAAUCAAAGGAACGAGUUAAAGGCAGAAAAAUUAAUUAAAAAAUUUAUGUAUGUAGCAGUCAAUGUUAACAAAUACUUAGUAAUCAUGUGGAUUACAAUAUAAAGCAAUAUAGAGAACAUUUCGUCGGCAAUUUCUUCAUGCCUCUGUAG